UCCGACUAACCACGUCUAACGGCGCAGGAGUGACUCGCUAGUUUCAAGAUUACAAAACAGGUUAGAGUUCACUGGCAUAAUUUUGGCCAAGAACAAGGAGUCAGGGCUUGAAGCAUGAGUAUUGAUGGGGAUCAAAGUUCGCAAGACGCGGUAGAUCCACAGCUGCAGCAUUUCAUCGAAGUAGAAACGCAAAAGCAACGAUUUCAGGGCCUGGUCCACGAACUGACUGACAUCUGCUGGGAAACCUGCAUUGACAAGCCAUCUGCCCGUCUAGAAUCGAGAACUGAAAACUGUCUUCGUAAUUGUGUCGAGCGAUUCAUAGACACUACUAAUUUCAUUAUGAACAGAUUACAGCGCACUGCUCUCAGCGCGCACCCUGAGUUGGCCAUGGAAUAAUUCUGACGGCUCAGUAUCAGAUAGAUUAAACACACUUUGAUAGAUUAAAAUAAGUUUACGUGUAACUCGGUUUGCAAGAAAAUGAUAAAUGGCCCCAUGAACUUAACUUAAUCAACAUGUUUUCACGUUUGAGAGGAUUUCUGUAUCGUCAUAGACGCAAAUUUGUCGUCAGUGGUAUCCUGGUCGGUGGCAUUAUCGUGGCGACGAGGUAUACCCAAAGAAAACUGCGGGAGUGGCAGGAGAGUGAAACAAGGAUGUUCAUAGAGAGAACAAAACGACAACAGCAUUUUGAGAGCACGGAGAGAACAUGCAACCAAACAAUACUGUCUCUUGCCGUCGGCUUGCGGGAUACCGUCACAAGUACCCUGAACACCGAAACCAUAGUGAAUAAGCUUAGGCAUGGUUCGAACGACAAAAUAGCACUUUGGAAUGAGCUUAAGGUUCUAGCCCUUGCUCGAUCAGCGGCAUUAAUUUACUCCAGUACAAUGCUGGUUGCAACAUUGAGGAUACAACUGAAUUUGAUGGGCGGCUACAUGUUCAGGGACUCGAAAAAUCAGAAUGAGCAAGCAAAAAUAGACGGGGCAAUGCAGAAGAGGUACCUAUCGAUAUGCGAGUAUUUCAUGAGCGAAGGAGCUGUUAAGCUCAGUUUAUUUGUAAAAGAAAAAGUCAAGGAGACCACCGCUUCUAUAUCACUGGCACAACAGCUUACCCUGAGGGAUGUGGAACAGAUAUAUUGGGGUAUAACAUCAUCUAUAUCAGCGGAUACUGAGAGAGAUCCGAUCAAAAAUCUAAGCGCCUACAUUCUGCCUCAAAAUUGUGAGUCUACGGGGGAUAAAAUUCUCUCAAAAAUAAUAUCGGAGACUUUGGAUUUGCUUGAAAGCGAAGAAGUGCAAUCCCUCGUUAGGUCAAGUGUCAGAACCGGUUUUGUCAUGAUGGUUGAUCAUAUUUCUGAAUAUUUUUUCGACUCGUCUUUUUCUGGACAAGCUAUGCCUGGUUCAAAUCCUUUUGUCGCUAUUCCAGGCCCGUCGACUCAAAGCGAUUCGACUGAGAAGCCUAUGGACGUUUGUAAGACAAACGGCUUUCUCAAUCUUGACAAAAUGUCCAUGCCUAUGGCCAAGCUGAUCCCCAUAGUCAAUGGACAAGUUCCGGCCAUUUCAAGAGCAGGUGAUAGCCCCUCGCUUUGGGUAAAACAGUUAAUUCUAAACGAUAAACUCAAGACUCUAGGAGCCAACGUCUACGAGGCAUUCAGCUUUUGAAUAUAUUACUCUUUAAUUAAGAUUUGGAUAGAGGAACUAUAUAUUUACAGCCAAUCGUGACAGUGAAAUAGUGGUGUGGGAGUCAUAAUAGACGAUGUAAACGCGAUAGAAUGUUGAUGGAAUAAAUUUUGUUAC